CCGAGAGAAGGGGGAAAAAAAACUGUACCUCAAAACAAAGUCGACACUUGACUUGCCAAGGCACUUACACUUACCACUUGUCACAAUAUAUAUCAAGCAAGCUAUAACAUUUACCAAGUCCAUCCACAACAUGGCGCCCGCACCAAUUCUUGAUUCCAUCGUUGACACGAUUGAGCCCAGGAAGGAGACCCUCCCUCUUCCGGAGCCAGCACGUCAACGUCUCCUCAAAGCUGGAAUCGACCUCUCCAAGGGGUACCCAUACCGCCCAUCUGUGCCUCUUUACCUUCAGGACGUUUACAAGAUUCGCGACGAGGAGCGGCUUUACCAGGACGCAGGUGCUCGAGCUGACAAAUCAAAGAAGAACCUCUUCUCAGCAGCAACCAAGGUGGCCGACUUGACCACACACAUCGGAACCGAGAUCGAGGGUCUUCAGCUCAAGGACCUCACCCCCCAGCAGCGCGAUGAGUUAGCCCUCCUUAUUGCCGAGCGGAGCGUCGUCUUCUUCCGUAACCAGGACCUUACUCCCCAGCAACAAAAGGAGCUGGGCGAGUGGUUCGGCGAGGUCGAAGUUCAUCCUCAGACUCCCCAAGUCCCUGGUGUCCCAGGCGUGACCGUUAUUUGGCCAGACCUCUUCACCCUGGAGAGACCGGCCAACUUCCGUCGUCCUGGCGGUGCCUCAAACUGGCACAGCGAUCUCGUUCAUGAACGCCAACCGGCGGGUAUCACCCACCUACACAAUGAUACGGUACCUCCUACUGGCGGAGACACGCUAUGGGCGUCUGGUUACAGCGCUUAUGAGAAGCUUUCGCCUGAAUUUCGCAAGAUCAUCGAUGGCAAGUAUGCCGUGUACCGCUCUGCACACCCAUAUCUCGAUCGGCAGGACCCCAAUGCAGGACCCAAGUACAUCGAGCGCACGCAUCCGCUUGUGCGAGUUCAUCCGGCCACUGGAUGGAAAGCAUUGUGGGUGAAUCGAUCAAUGACGGUGCGGAUUGUGGGGCUCGAUAAGGCCGAGAGCGAUGUGAUUCUGAACUACUUGUAUGAUGUCUACGAGAAGAACGUCGACAUACAAGUGCGCUUCAAGUGGACACCGGGGACGAGUGCGUUGUGGGACAAUAGAAUUACCAUCCACAACGCCAGCUGGGACUAUGGUGGCAGGCACCCCCGUCACGGAACCCGAGUGACGUCUUUGGCUGAGGUCCCUUACUACGAUCCAAACGCCCCAACACGGCGCCAAGCGCUGGGGCUGCUGGAUGAUCAAGAAAGGAGUGACUUGGGAUUGACUGAGUAAGUAGGUUAGAGUCGCCGGUGAGUACUUGGAAAGUCCAUAUUCAGCUCAAUGUGAAAGUGUUUCUCCCUGAAAAAGAGCAAGUUUAGACCUCCC